GUUGCAGCCAGAGCAGUACAUUUCUGAGCAUAUAUAAUUUUGCUACGCUCAGUAGUGUUUGCACCAAUAGCAAACUCUGUUAGUUUCUGACGGCCUGUGGUGAAAUGCAGCCAUAGUAACUUGGCAGCUUUUGACAGUUUACACGCUGGUCCGCAAUUGAUCCUUCUCGUUGUAUUUACGUUCUCUGAUGUGAAUGUGGAAUUGGUUGGAAUUUUUGCCGCCACUUCUAAUCAACGAUUUUCCUGUGGUUUUUUCUUGUGAUUUGGAAGAAAAUUAAUUGUUUUAAAACAUGAGUGCAACUAAGGUUCCAUUAGAGUGGAAACGACGAGUUAAAACUGAGUAUAUGAAGAUUAGACAGCAAAAGCGAUAUAAACGGGCCGAUGAGAUUAAGGAAGCUUGGAUCAAAAAUUGGGAAGAACAUAAUUAUAAUGUACAGGACUUAUAUUGUGAGCCCAAAGUGUGGCAUGCGCAGCCCUACGAGCCUCCACAUUUGGACUGUGUAAGAAGAGCCGAGAUUAUUGGUUACAAUGGCGCUGGUCCGCAGAGGGUUCCCAUCUGCAUAAUAAACGCUGUAACCCCAAUACCUACAAUGUACACAUGGGCACCAACCCAACAAAAUUUCAUGGUGGAAGACGAAACUGUUUUGCACAACAUUCCCUAUAUGGGGGACGAAGUACUCGACAAAGAUGGGAAAUUCAUUGAGGAACUAAUAAAAAAUUAUGAUGGCAAAGUUCAUGGAGACAAAGACCCAUCUUUUAUGGAUGAUGCUAUAUUUGUUGAAUUAGUACAUGCUCUAAUGCGAAACUACAAUAAAGAUGAAGAAUCAACUUCCAUUAUAAAUGGUGGUGUAAAUAAAUUGGAUGCAACAAAGAGUGAUGUACUUAUUAAAGGCGAUAUAGCAAUCGAAACUUCAGGGAACGUGAAAGAUUUUAAAAGUGCCGAUAUAUGCACAGAGAAAAAGCAAGAUAAGGAAUUAAAAGAAAAACUACCUUUUCCAACUCCAAUUAUAUUUCAGGCCAUCAGUUCCAACUUUCCAGAUAAGGGAAAUCCACAAGAAUUAAAGGAGAAAUACAUUGAACUAACUGAACAUCAGGAUCCUGAAAGGCCUCAGGAGUGUACACCUAAUAUUGAUGGUGAAAAAGCGGAAAGUGUAUCUCGAGAGCGAACAAUGCAUUCCUUUCACACGCUAUUUUGUCGGCGAUGCUUUAAAUACGAUUGCUUUCUUCAUCGUCACCAAACGAACGGUCUCCAAGUCGGACAUGCUGGACCCAAUUUACAAAAACGACGAUUUCCAGAAUUAAAGCCAUUUACUGAUCCCUGCAGUAAUGCCUGCUAUAUGUUAUUGGAUGGCAUGAAAGAGAAAUUAGCGGCGGAUAGUAAGACGCCGCCAAUUGAUUCUUGUAACGAAGCCAGUUCUGAAGACAGUAACGAUAGCAACAGCCAAUUCAGCAACAAAGACUUUAGUGCGGAGAAUAUAAAAGAAAAUAGUGUUGCUGUCAACAGUGCGGUUUCAGCAGAAAUAAACUCUAUAAUGGCUGGAAUGAUGAAUACGACUAACUCGAGAUGCGAUUGGACCGGUGCAGAUCAAUCUUUAUUUCGAACAUUACACAAAGUAUUUUUAAAAAAUUAUUGCGCAAUCGCUCAGACUAUGCUUACGAAGACUUGCCAACAGGUGUACGAGUUUGCACAAAAAGAAGACGCAGAGUUUUGCAUUGAGGAGUUACGCCAAGAUUAUACACCGCCACGCAAGAAGAAGAAGAAACAACGUCUGUGGUCACUUCAUUGCAGAAAGAUACAAUUAAAGAAAGAUUCAUCAUCGAACCAUGUUUAUAACUAUACCCCUUGUGACCAUGCCGGUCCUUGUGACAUGAAUUGCUCAUGCAUUCAAACUCAAAACUUUUGUGAGAAGUUUUGCAACUGUAGUAGUGAUUGCCAGAACCGUUUUCCCGGUUGUCGCUGUAAGGCACAAUGUAACACAAAGCAAUGCCCUUGUUAUUUGGCGGUGCGUGAGUGCGAUCCAGAUUUAUGUCAAGCCUGUGGUGCUGAUCAGUUUAAGUUGACAAAAAUAACUUGUAAAAAUGUGUGUGUGCAACGAGGUCUACAUAAACACUUACUAAUGGCUCCGUCUGAUAUAGCUGGUUGGGGUAUAUUUCUUAAAGAAGGUGCUCAAAAGAACGAAUUUAUUUCAGAAUAUUGUGGGGAAAUCAUUUCACAAGACGAGGCUGAUCGCCGAGGGAAAGUUUAUGACAAGUACAUGUGCUCAUUUUUAUUCAAUCUUAAUAAUGAUUUUGUAGUGGACGCUACUCGAAAAGGCAAUAAAAUCCGUUUUGCUAACCAUUCCAUUAAUCCUAAUUGCUACGCUAAAGUAAUGAUGGUAACAGGAGAUCAUAGAAUUGGAAUAUUUGCUAAACGUGCAAUUCAACCUGGAGAAGAAUUAUUCUUUGAUUAUAGAUAUGGACCCACAGAACAGCUCAAAUUCGUUGGCAUAGAAAGAGAAAUGGAAAUUGUCUAAUGUUCAAAUAAAAAUAUGAAUAAAUACAAAGCUAUAUCUCCCAUUUUACUAAACAUAAUAA